UCUCCAACGUCAUCGUCCACUUGUCUUCUUCACGCGAGUCAAAGAGUCUUGACCUAAGGAGCCGCUAUAAAUGGGCAGCAUGCGUUUGUUGUUUUCACCUCCAAGGCAAAAACCCACUGCAACCUCGGUCUAUACCAUAAUAGAGAUAGUACUCAUCGUUAUCAUUGUCCGCAUAUGGUUGUUGGAGUGAUAGCCUUCUAAAGUUUCGAAAGAAUCCAAUAAUGGCAGCUCCGAAACUAGCCAUGGUCACGGCUCUUCUUCUCCUCGCAACUUCGGUCGCUGAUGUUUGCGCUGGCAGAGCAGCGAGAAAGGACUUGGGUGUGGAUCUUGGAGGCAUAGGGGUCGGCAUUGGAGCCGGGAUAGGCCUUGGCUUAGGAGGUGGCGGCGGAUCCGGAUCCGGCUCCGGCUCCGGGUCUGGCUCCGGCUCUAGCUCUGGCUCAUGGUCCGGCUCCGGCUCCGGUUCUGGCUCGGGUUCGGGGUCGAGCUCAGAAGCAGGCUCGUAUGCUGGGUCACAUGCCGGGUCUAGGGCAGGUUCCGGGGCAGGCUCGGAAGCGGGAUCGUAUGCCGGGUCUUACGCAGGGUCCAGGGCCGGGUCGGGCUCGGGCUCUGGACAUGGCGGAGGAUAUGGCGGGGGAUCUGGAAGAGGCGGCGGAUCGGGCUACGGGGAAGGAGGUGGAUACGGAGGAGGAUAUGGGAGUGGGGAUGGAAACUGAACCGGACGAUAAGUUUCAGCAUAUAUAAUGCUU